UUUUUUUUUUUGCUGUUUCUCGUGGUGUUUUUGUUGGUCUUCUGGUCAGAGGACAGAAGGAAAAUUUCCUGCGACGCAAGGUGUAAGUAACAGUGUGGGGAGCUCGCAGCAGGGCGAGAAUAUGAAACUGCUUUUUGGCGUUGCGGGGUUUUGCUCUUCCCCCCCCCCCGCCGGCGAGUCAGGCUGUAAGUUGUCGCUGUUGGUAGCGAGGCGGUGAAGGUUGAGUGUCCGGAUUUCGGUCGCUCUCGGGCCUCUGAGGAGGUUCUGCUGUGGGAAUCGCUUCGCUGCGGGCUGAGCAGAGCCGUGGGCGAUGUGCAGCAGGGAGGGACUGUCCCUCCUCCCUCCCAGUUUUAACAGACCGAGCAGGCUACGUGGUUCUCCUGCGGCUUCUGGCUGGCCUCGCGGUGCGAGAGAUGCGGUGGUGCCCGUGCGAAGGCGGUGGGACAAGGACAAGCCCGUUGCAGAGAAGGACUCGGCGCUGAGAGGCGAUCCCUCAGAAUUUACGAUGUGACCCAAACACAGCCCAGCGCAGAGCUCGUGUCGCUCUCGGCGUCGGGUAAAAACGUCGAACCGGUCUUGUGCGUGCUGCUGAGCGGAGAGAAGCAAAGAUCAACGCCUCGUGUCUUUUGAGGAGCUGCUGCAGGCGCAGAGUGCUAUGAGGACGCGAACGCGCAAGCAGGUGACCGGUGGGAAGAAAACUGCAAAACCUACCAAAGCUAUGGCGAAGCAGCAGCAAGGCAAAAAGGGGCCAUUGGAGAUGUCUGCCAAGAAGCCUGUACCUUUUCUGCGACAAGUCGUCUCUGUGACAAAGAAGGUCCACAGAGACCCUCGGUUUGAUGACCUGUCUGGAGAGUAUAAGCCUGAAAUAUUUAUGAAGACGUACAGCUUCCUGGACAACAUCAAGAAGCAGGAGAAGGAGAUGGUUCAGAAGCAGCUGAAAAAAUGCCAGAACGUGGAGCAGAAGGAGAAACUCCAGCAGCUCCUGAACCGCAUGACACAGCAAGAACAGGCACAGAAAAAACAGCAGGAACGGAGAGAGAGGGAGCUGUCUUUGAAGAGACAACAGAGGGAACUGGCCAAGCAGGGAAAGAAACCCUUUUUCCUAAAGAAAUCUGAGAAGCGGAAAUUGGAGCUGGCCGAGAAGUACGCAGAGCUGAAGAGGAGUGGGAAGCUGGAGAGCUUCUUGAACAAGAAGAGGAAGAGGAAUGCCAUCAAAGACAAGCGCCGUCUGCCCUCACAGAAGAACUCGUGACUGCUGGACAGGCACUGGGACUCGCUCUGCCCUGGCCAGGUCUGGAAGGUGGCCCCCCCCCUCUUCCCAGUAUUUGCCUUUCACUACCGGGAUGCUGUUAGGCAGCAGAGCAGAGGCUGAGCUGAAGGAAAUAGCGCUUUUUUGUAGCUGAAAUGCCCUUUUCGCUUGUGGUUACACUGUGCCUGGGUGGUGGCAAGUCUGACUCUGUCCUUGCACUUGCUCAUCCCUUCCCCUUAGUUAGGAGAGCAUGAGCCCUACCCUGCGUUGCUGGCUCUUCCUCCAGGUCUCACUGAACACCAGCUGGGGUGGGGAAAGGACCUCGGGUACAAAACCUGCUCAGAGCAGGGCCAGCACCGACUUCGGACCAGGUUGCCCAGGGCUUCUUCAGUUGGGUCUGGGAAUGCCCAAGGGCAGAUCCCACCACCUCUCUUGGCCUCUGCUCCACUGCUUCUAGUUCUCAAGAUGAAACUGGGGUGUUUUUCUCUCCCUCCUCCAGGGAACCUGCCUGGUUUUAGUCCAUAGUCACUGUCUUGUUCUUGGUGAAGUGCCUGGCUCUGUCUUCUCAGCAGCCUUGUCAUAGAUCUGGGGGGGGCGGGGUGGGAAAGGGGUGCUGUUAGGUCUCCCCAAAGCCUUCUCUUCCUGAGCGUGAAUAAAUCCUUUUCCUUCA